AUGGUUCACUUCCUUCCCAAUCCAUUCCUGGACUAUCAUCACAGAUCGAACGAGUGGAUUCGACUCGACUACCUCCGUGCGAAUCCCUCGGCGAUGACAGUCAUACAUAAACCCGUUAAACCCACCACAUUGUUAUCCUCAUUACCGCAACUUUUGUGUCGGUGCCUUUAAAAAUCAUUCGCCCGCCGGCGACGACCGUGAUCAUUUCAGGCAUGAACAGAGUCGCCGUCUCGCUGCUCGUCUUCUCAGUUGCUGCCAUCGCUUCCGUUUCCGCGGGCACCAAUCGAGCCAAGGUUUGUCAGAAGGCGGUCAAUCUCGGAGUCACUUUCUACACUGCCAGUGAACUUGAGCCGGUAAGAGUCCAGGAGGAGAACAACGUAAAACCCGUUAUGGAGAAACAUCCCGAUUUUAUUCAUUCAAAACGACGUAUCUCGGCUGCCUGUUGAGAUAAAAGUAACCAAUAUGUGCUGUGUGCCCACACUGAUUCUAAUGAAUAUUCAAUUACUUAUUCAGAUCCUCUCCUGUGCUGAGACUGCCUGGUACACCAACCCAAAUGACACUACCACCAUAAUUUCCGGUAGGAUUACCCGUUUCUCUCCUCCUUCUUCUUCUUCUUCUUUCAAUAACGUCUUUCAGAUGCCAAAACGUGUGUGAUCAACAACAGUCUCAACAAAGCUCUUUCGGCGCUCUCUCUUUACAACGGAUGUGAGUGCAUCCGUAGCUCCACCCAUCCACCGUAUUCCUUUUUCAGUCAACGGCUGUACGGACCUGAUGGCUCUGCUCGACAAAUUGACGACGCCGUUCUUGAAUCAGUGCAAGCAAGUGAUCAACAAGGCGACAAGUGUUGAAUAGCUGCAAAGCGAACAACGGAAAGACGGGAACCGCCCUGCAGAAUGCGUGCAUGAACAAAGUGUACGGACAGUGCAUCGCCAUCGUCACGAAGGCAUUCGUGAACAAAGUGUGCACGGCGCUCUCGAAGAAGAUGACGUCGACCGAGUGGAACUGCUGCAAGACGUACGCGGUGAAGGUGGUCAACGUCGCCGCGUACUCGUGUUAUAACAUUGUCAAGUAA